UUUAAUUUUUAUUUUUGUUUUUUAUUUUUACAUUUCUCUCUUAUUUCAAAAUGCCAAAGAGAUGUUGCUGUAUCAUUCCGCUGAGAGGAGGCACUGUACUUAUUAGUCUUGCAGUGGCAAUCGUCUCGGGUCUACUCUUAGCAUUGACAUUUACACACAAGAAUCCCAUGGUUAUGCACCUUUCUGGUAUACACACUGUCUUGCCCUGGGUUUAUACCAUUGUUCUCGCUGUAUCUGCUGCAGUUGGCUUAUAUGGACUUUUGUCUUCAACUCUGGGCAACUUGUACCUGAUGAGAUUUUAUAAAUUCCUCUUCUGGCUGCUCACAAUCCUGGUCACCAUCUGGCAAACAGGCAGCUUUGUACUGGCACUGAUUAACCGCUCAAAAACUCUGGCUGCAUGUAAUGAAAUCAACCCUUCUAGUAAUAGCACUAAGCCUGCCAGUGGAAAUCAGACAUCACUUGGAGAAGAUACCUCUUUCUCGUUCGCAGGCUAUAACACUACUUUCCUUGGUAUGCAGACAGGAAAUACUUAUGGACUAGCCAAUUGUGAUCAGGCCGUUCAGGCAGGCGUGAUCCUCCUUGCUAUCCUACUCUUUUUGGGAGCCAUCUUCAUGUUCUAUUUUGCCUCUGUGGUUGGAUCGUACGCCACUAAGCUUAGAGAACGCAGUCUAGGUCACCGCCUGAGGGAUGCGGAGUGGGACGACAACAUUGACGAUCUUGCUUCGUCUUAUCGUGCUGAUGCUCGUGAUGCCCCUAAAUAUCCCCUCAAGAAUAUGUCCAAAAGCUCGGGCGGUUCAUUCUCGAAUGGAUUAAAGAAGCUUGGGUUUGGAAAAAAGUAGACUUAUAAUUUGUUACCCUUUCUUGUUUAUUAAAAUGUAUACGAACAAAAGC